GUUGUCUGAAUUGACACAUCCUAUUUCUACCUACGAUUCAUAAGAUGUCGAAGCAAGAGCGACUUUACGAGUUGAAUAUGCAUAGAGAAACGUGGUGUCGAGUGGAGACAACGAGCAGGUACUGGAAUUUGCCUGAAAGGAAACAUUUCCGUUGUCACCUGCAGAACACCUGCGACAUCAGCGCUCUGCAGACCGCGAGCCCCGAGCAGCGCUCCGCCUGGAUGAGGAGCGGAGGACAAAACACCGCACACCCCGAGCGGAGACACUUCGAGGACAGCUAUAAAGCUCAUCUGGUAUAAGGAGCUGCCGUCAACCUCUGUGGAAUAAAAGUUGUCGUCCAGAAAGAAAUAAACGUGUG